CAGCUUCGUACUUUGUGAUCUUGAGCAUUUAACAGCCGGCAGUGUACAGUUGCGUGGUUCCAUUGCACGUUUUUAAAUUAAUUAUAUUUUAUUUUGUUAUUAAUUAAUUAUUAAUAAAAAAUGGCUGAUAACAAGGAGAGAACUUUCAUCAUGAUUAAACCCGAUGGUGUCCAGCGUGGACUCGUUGGUAAAAUAAUCCAGCGUUUUGAAGAAAAAGGCUUCAAACUCGUGGCCAUGAAGAUGGUUUGGCCCACUGAGGAGAUGCUGAAACAACAUUACGCUGACUUGGCUGCCAGACCAUUUUUCCCCGGUCUUGUCAAAUACAUGAGCUCAGGCCCAGUUGUCCCAAUGGUGUGGGAAGGCCUUGACUCAGUUAAGACCGGACGCAAGAUGUUGGGUGAAACCAACCCCAAGGACUCUGCACCAGGUACCAUUCGUGGUGACUUCUGUAUCCAGGUUGGACGCAACAUCAUCCACGGUUCAGAUUCCGUUGAAUCAGCCAAGAAAGAAAUCAGUCUCUGGUUCCCAGAGGAGAAGAAAGAAGGUGUUAUCGACUGGGCUUCCUGGGCCGAGAAAUGGAUCUACGAAUAAUUUUUAUAAAUUUAUCUUCCUCUGAGAUUUAUUAUCGUUGAAUUAAAAAUACUUGGCAUGUUUCAAGCAAUAAAGACCACUGCCUUUUAAUUAAAUUUUAAUAAAUUAAUAAAUAAAGAUUCCAUUCCUUUAAA